UGUCGUGCAAGCAUGGACUCCGGGCCGGAGGAGCUGAUGCCGCGACUCUUACCGGUGGGGGACUGCGACAUGACCGAGGAUUUUGACCCGGCAGUCGCCCCCCGGACGCCGCAGGAGUAUUUACGGCGGGUCCAGAUCGAGGCCGCACGAUGUCCGGAUGUCGUCAUUGCUCAGAUUGACCCGAAAAAGCUAAGAAAGAAGCAAACAGUCAGUAUAGCGCUGUCCGGGUGCCAGCCUGCUCCUGAAGGGUACUCGCCCAGUCUCAGAUGGCAACAGCAGCAGGUGGCCCAGUUCUCAGCUGUGCGACAGAGUCUCAACAAGCACAGGAGCCAUUGGAAAUCCCAACCCCUUGACAGCAAUGUAAUGAUGCCAAGCACUGAGGAUGAGGAAAGCUGGAAGAAGUUCUGUCUGGGUGAGAGGUUAUAUUCUGACCUGGCAGCCGCACUGAACUCUGAAAAUCAAAAUUCAGGGAUCGAUUAUAUUAAGGUUGGGUUCCCUCCAUUGCUGAGCAUUGUCAGUCGAAUGAGCCAGGCUACUGUUACAAGCGUAUUGGAGUACCUGGUGAAUUGGUUUGAAGAAAGAGAUUUUACCCCAGAACUGGGCCGGUGGCUGUAUGCCUUGCUUGCCAGUUUGGAAAAACCUCUUUUACCAGAAGCUCAUUCACUUAUAAGACAAUUGGCACGAAGAUGUUCACAAGUCAGAGCUGGCGUGGAACACCGAGAAGAUGAGAGAGUGUCUGCUUUAAACCUGUUCAUCUGUCUAGUUGGCAGGUAUUUUGAGCAAAGAGAUCUAGCGGAUUCCAGUGAUCCAUCUUGAUGUUAUCAGACUACUUGGCCUUCUCCCUUUUUUCCUACACAGCAAUACCUAAACCCAAGCAAGCUUCCCUGCAUUAUGUGGUGCACCAACCAUCUUUUCUUUUUGCAACCCUUGAGAGCGAAGUGGCAGUCUACUGGCCGGAAUUGGUCAUGCAGCCCGAAGAGCAUUAAGAGAUCAUACAAUCGCCAAUCGGCAAUUGCACGUUGACAUCUUCCAGAUCUUCAAUGAUCAAUGAAAACAUUCGGCUUUCGGGUUCAAAGAGAAAAAAAAAAAUCCUCACUGCUGCUCUACACUUAUCAUUUAUUACAUUUAUUGGCCAAAAUUAGAGAGAGUUUAAGUGCCUAAAAGGUAUCGGAAACCACAUGUUCAUACCUUGAUUUCAGUGACCCCAUUUUCCGCCCACAGGACCUGCAUGGAUUCCUUGUUGGGACUGAUGUGGUUGAAGCAGUCUGUAGCAUGGAAAACUGUGAAAUGUUCAUUUUAUAGAAACGUUUUUGUAUUGCGUCAUUUUUCUUACUGUUCUGUGCACGUUUGAUCUUUGCCUCUGCAAGUAUCAGUCAAGAAAUCUAGGUGCAUACACGUUCCUAAAGAGCAUACUGUCAUCUACACCAGAGUCUUCCUUCCCUUCUUCUCUGUGCUUCCUACACAAAAACCUUUUGGGCUAGUUCACACGGGCGGAUCUGCAGCAUAUUUUACACAAUCUGCUGCUAAGACGAGCAGACACGUGCAAGUCGCUUUGCGCAUACGCGGUGUACUUGCACAAAUCACGGCUGCUCCGAGCAGGCACAUCUGAGGCUCACUUUAGAGGUCCAUCGUCGGCGUAUCCGCAGUAUAAAAUAUGCUGUGGAUCUCCCUUUGUGAACAAGCCCUCAGGGCUCGUUCACACUGGCGGAUCCACAGCGUGCUUUCCGCUGCGGAUCCGCUGACUGACCCCUACGUGACUCAGAUGUGCCUGCUUAGAGCGGCAAUCCGCCGAUACAAGCAGACACACUACUGCGACGUGUGCAUGGGCAGUGUACUCGCACACAUCGUGGCCGCUCCCUGACUUAGGCCGAGAGCAGCCGCGAUGUGUGAGAGUAUACUGCGCAUAUGCACGACGACUCGCACUUCACAGUGUGUCUGCUCAUUGCCACUCCGAGCAGGCACAUCUGAGGCACACCGUAGAGGUCAAUCGGCGGCGGAUCCGCAGCGUAACAUAUGCUGUGGAUCCCCCCGUGUAAUCAAGCCCUCAGGGCUCAUUCACACCGGCGGAUCCACAGCGUAUUUUCCGCUGCGGAACUGCUGACUAUGGACCCCUAUGUGACUCAGAUGUGCCUGCUCUGAGUGGCAAUCCGCCGUUACGAGCAGACACACUACUGCGAUGUGCGCAUGCUCAGUGUACUCGCACACAUCGUGGCUGCUCCCUGUGCUAGGCCGAGAGCAGCCGCGAUGUCGGAGAGUAUACUGUGAAUGUGCGCGGCGACUCGCACAUCGCAGUGUGUCUGCUCAUAGCGGCUCAUUGCUGCUCCGAGCAGGCACAUCUGAGUCACACUGUAGGGGUCCAUCGUUGACUGAUCCACAGCAUAAAAUAUGCUGUGGCUCCACCUGUGUGAAUGAGCCCUUAUGUGUUUUCUUUAAAAUGACGUUCUUCUUUACAGUUGUCUUACCGUUUGAUGCCGAACCAUGUUGCCAAAUACUUUGGUUGCAGAGGUAGUUGUAGAAUUUAUGUCCUGUUUAAUGAUCUGUAUGUUCAGUUGUCAGUUUCUGUACAUAAAAUGUUUUUCCUAAUAUGUC